UGUUAUGAUUGUGCGCGGGGCCAUCAUUCAGUCAUCCUCGGCAUCGUCAUCCGAGGGUAGUAAUCACAAAACAUGCUGCGUUAAGAAUUUAAGAUGACCGGCCUGGAUGCUGCAGUUCAGUGCCAGCAGCCGAAGGAAGCGGAUCGUAGUACCAGCAGCAUAAGCAGCAGUGGUGUUUAAUUGAAGCGGUGUCCGAGCAACGGUGAAAGCAGUUCUAAGAGAGAAAAAAAGAGGGAAAGCAAUUUACAAAAAAAGAAGAAAGAAGAACCAGAAGACAAGUGAAAAGAACCAACCGCCUGGAGUGACCUGCGAAGGAAUAGCUACAAUAAGAAAGAACUGGACGAACCCCCCCGUGAACUUGUAAUAUUGCUGCGAAAGGGGGAAAUCACUCUCUGACGUCCAGGACUUUAGAGAGAGGCUCAUCAAAACAACAGCAACUGCAAGUUCGAUCGUCAUCCAGCGACUAGCAACCAACCAGCUACAAGAUGAUGUCCAGAAAGUUGGUAGCGGAUGAAGCGACAGGCGCAGCCGAGCGUGACAUCCCGGAAGAGUUCCGUAUUAGCAACUACGGCUACGGCAAGGACAGCGUCAAGGUGAUGCACGUGGUCCGCAACGGGCUGGUUCACAGUAUUAAGGAGUUCGAGGUGGGCACCAAGCUGAAGCUGGCCAGCCAGAAGGACUACCUCCAGGGUGACAACUCGGACAUCGUUGCCACAGAUUCGCAGAAGAACACGGUAUAUCUGCUAGCGCGCAAGCACGGACUCAAAUCACCGGAGGAGUUUGGCAUCCUGCUGUGCAACCACUUCCUGACCAAAUACUCCCACGUCAACGAGGUGUCGAUCCACAUCGAAGAGUACCCGUGGUCUCGGAUGGGCUUCGGCAAAGGACCCUAUCAGGCCCUCCACAACCAUGCCUUCGUGUUCACCCCGACAGCCACGCGGUACUGUGACGUCACCCAGAAGCGAAGUGAAUCAACCCCAACCGUCAUCAGCGGUCUAACCGACCUGCGCGUACUCAAAACCACCCAAUCCGCGUUCGUUAACUUUGUGAACGACGAGUAUCGGUCCCUGCCCGAUCAACACGACCGCAUCUUCAGCACGGUCGUGCGCUCGUCCUGGCAGUACUCCACCGUCGCCAACGUGGACUUUGACUUUUGCUGGAACAAGGUCAAGCACUGCAUCCUGGACACGUUUGCCGGCGAGACGGAAAAGGGUGUGUUCUCGCCGAGCGUCCAGAACACGCUGUACCUCGCGGAAAAGCUGGUCCUCGAGCACAUCCCCGAGGUGUCCUCGAUCGAUAUGACGAUGCCGAACAAGCACUACUUUAACUUUGACUUUAGCAAGUUUCCCAAGCUGAUCAACGGGGACGAGAUGAAGGAGGAAACGGUGUUCCUGCCGGUGGACAAGCCUUCGGGGAUCAUUUACGCCCAGCUGGAUCGGAAGUCGACGAUAAAGAGCAAGCUUUGAGGGUGGGAUCUUCGGAGGGUGCGCGCGUGUGUGUGUUUCAAUUUUAAUGUAUUUAGACUACGUAUUUUAAAUAAUAAAGCUUACAAGACAA